UUCCAGAUAUCAGCAGGAUGUUCUCUUGGUGAGCAAAAGGGGAGGGAUCAGCAUUGUCACUGGAGCCAAAUCAAGUAUAAAAUAGUUUCCAGCCAGACUGUUUGAAACUUCUCUGCUGAAACUGUCUGCUAUAAGAAGGAAGUGGUGAACCCAGUACAGCUAAGUGGCGACAUGUCUGAGUUUCAGCAGCUGAUGCAGGACUCCAUACCGUCUGCAAGAGAUAUUCUACAAGAGAACUAUAGCAACCUUCUCAAAGUGGCAGAUUAUUGUGACAGCAACUAUGAGCAGGCUCAAGAUAAACGAAAAGCCCUAGAGGAAACUAUGACUUUCACAGUUCAGUCAUUAGCCAGCGUGACCUAUCAAAUCAAUAACCUAGCCAGAAACAUCCUCAAAAUAUUUGAUUUGCAGACCACCCAUCUCCAACAAGUGGAAGCCAACGUUUGUUCCAUUGAACAGGUGAUAGAAAUGCAUAAGGAGAAAGUGUCCCGUCGUGAAAUUGGGAUGCUUACUGUUUGCAAGACAUUUCCUUCCUAUCAGAAAAUCAUCUACCCAAAGAAACUUGAGCCUUUGCAGCCCUAUUACAGGAAACCACUGGACUUCAGCAUUCUGGAUGACAUUGGCCAUGGGAUCAAGGAUCAAAGCACACAACUGGCCAAAACGGGAACUCUGUCAAGGCGAUCAAUCAAGUCCUCGGCUGGGCUGUCACCUGGAAUCCUUGGAAGGAGCCAGAAGGUCCUAGAAGCAAUUCUGCCACCGCUCAUCCCCGAAGGCCAACUCUCAUCAGCUUCAUCUUUAUCGUCCAUAAGUAACCUCCCAGAAGCUUUGAACAGCACCAGUAUAAAAGUGCCUUCUGAACCAGAUCCACCACCGCCGCCGCUGCCGCCACUGGAAGCAGAUGGUUUUCUUCUCCCUUCUCAAACAGAUUUUUUGCCACCUCCUCCUGUUCAAGUGGAAGAUGUUCUUCCUCUGCCUUACCCUGAGACAGAUCUUGAUUUUCCAACUUUUCCUCUACCACCAUCCCUGGACAAUUCCAACUGUGGUCACCUGAAGCCUCCUCUUCUGCCACCUCCACCACCCCCAGAAAAAUUGUCGUGGGCUCCAGACACCUACCUGGAGAAAGUUGUGACUCUUUACCCUUACGUUCAGAAGGAGGAGGAUGAACUCUCAUUUACAGAAGGGGUCAUUAUUUACGUGACACGGAAAUACUCAAAUGGCUGGUGUGAGGGUGUGACAAGUGAUGCAGAGGGAUUGUUCCCAGGGAACUACACUGAACCUUUGCAAUGAAUGUGGCAGAAUGAAAGAGGGAGAAAAUACAGGAUCCUAACACAAGUUUUAUGGAAAGCAUGGAAUAGUCCCACAGGGAGAUAGGCUGCAAAUAUAUAACAAAUAAAUUUAUGUAUGUCCUAGUUUAAGUUGCCAGGAAAUCAGUAUUCCCCUGACUUAGUUAAACUGGGCUAAAAUCCAGCUAGUGAAAGGAAGGUGUCAAGAGUACUUUGGAAAUUUCCCUAAAUCCAUUGCAAUAUAAACACAGGAGUUAUGGUUCUUCUUUUUCUGUAAUGCUUCACAAAGCCUAAAAUCUUGCCCAGCAGUUAAUAAAGAGCCCAUCAGGGCUAAUUUCUUACAAAAACAGUGAUUGCUUAGAAUUCUGAGGUCGGGUUUUGCCCAUGUUUGAUAAAUGUGAUGAAUAAGUAAAUGAACCUAGCAACAAACUUUCUACUAUUGUACAGAAAAUAAACAUGCAGUAAAAUAUC